CAACAUCUUUCGAGAUCAGUUGUAGUGCGGCAGUCGAUCGUGAAAGUUCUUUUGUUUUAGAAUGUGGAUCGUAAUCUUGGCUUUCAUCGCUAUUCUGAGCCUGGCGGUUAUCUGGUCAAUAGUGGAGAAGAAUAGUUACCCGCAAACUAUCGGUGUUGCGGAACCAUGGUAUCCAUUGAUUGGUAAUGGUUUGCUUUUUCUCGGACAGACAGACGUGAAGAAAUUUCAGAAUGUACAAAAGGUAUUCAGUGCUGCAACAGAGGACUUGGUUCGAGUAUAUUUAGGUCCAAAAAUAAUAUUCCUCACGAGUGAUGUCAACAUGGCUCAAACAAUCAUGACCAACUGCAUGGAAAAACCAUACCUGUACGAAUUUUUAAAUCUCAAAAAAGGAUUGUUUGCGGCUAAAUUGCCCCUCUGGAAAGGUCAAAGGAAAGCGCUGAACCCUGCCUUCAACAUGAAAAUACUGGAGAGUUUCGUGCCGACCUUCUGUGUCGUAACUAAGAACAUGCUGCAGCGGCUGGACGCCAUUCCAGCGGGAGAAACGAUCAAUAUUAUGGAGUAUCUGUCGAGGUGCACGUUGGAAAUGGUCUGCGCGACAACGUUCGAGUUCGAUGUGAACGAUUUUUCCAAAGUCGAUGAAAUGUUAAAUAACAUGGAAUGGUUCUUCUACUAUGCAGCCAAAAGAAUGCUGAAAUUCCAAUACCAUCUGGAUUUCAUCUAUCGCUGGACUAAAGACUACCGGGAACAAAAAAGUGUGCUUGAAUUUGUGGAUACAUAUGGAAUGCAGGUCUAUAAUAAGGCAAACGAGAAGUACGACAAAGGAUUACUAACCAAAGAUCAAAACGAAGACGAUAUUAAGGAAGGUUUCCGAAAACCACAACUUUUUGUGAAUCAAAUAUUCACCAAUACUAUGAGAAAAUUCGACCGAGAGGAAAUUAUCCAUAACAUAUUCACGAUACUCGGCGCUGGGACGGACACCUCGGCAACCGGAGUGUCCUACAUCCUGCUGCAGUUGGCAAUGUACCCGAGCUAUCAGCAAAAAGUGUACGAGGAAAUCAUGAAAGUUUUUCCGGAAGCAGAGCCACAUAUUACCCCGGAAUCUCUUAAACGACUCCAGUACACGGAAAUGGUAAUGAACGAAUGUUUGCGAUUGUAUCCUAUAGCGCCGAACCUGUUGCGUGAAAGCACUGAAGAUAUCACGCUUUGUGGAGCACGGAUCCCCAAAGGGUCUAUUUUUGGAAUAGGUAUCUACGCCAUUCAUCGGCGAAAGGACAUAUGGGGACCGGAUGCCGACCGUUUCGACCCGGAGAGAUUUUCACCAGAACGAUCUGCUGGAAGGAAUCCGUUUGCAUUUUUGGUGUUUAGUGGAGGAUCCCGUAACUGUUUGGGUGGCCGUUAUGCGAUGAUCAGUAUGAAGAUAAUGUUGGUAUAUCUGAUGAAGAGAUACCAUUUCAAAACUAAAAUACGAGAAGAAGACAUGCGGUUCCACUUCGAAAUCAUAUUACGCUUAGAAGGAGGUCAUCUGGUCCAGUUUGAAAAACGCCAAUAACAUGAUUACUAUUCGGAAAUGGUGUUGUUAAAAUAAUGCAAUAAAAAGGGAAACAGGGCAUCGAUAUUGAACUUUCAUUAAUAAUGCGAACAUAGAAGCAGAAGUUUGUGGUUGAAUACAAUAA